UGUGUGUGUAUGUAUGUGUGUGUGUGUAUGUGUGUGUGUGUGUCCUAACAGCUCAGUGCACAGACAGCAGUAGAUGACAGUGAGAGGAUCUUUACUGAGAUGAUCAGCUCCAUGGAGAAAAAGCGCUCGGAGGUGACGGAGCUGAUCAGAGCUCAGGAGAAGGCUGAACUGAGUCCAGCUGAACGACUCCUGGAGCAACUGGAGCAGGAGAUUGCUGAUCUUCAGAGGAGAGUCACUGAGCUGGAGCAGCUUUCACACACACACGAUCACAUCCAUUUCCUCCAGUCUCGCUCUGCUUUACCUGAACAUGACGACUCCUCCAGCAUCGCUGUCCAUCAACAUCUCUCAUUUGACAGAGUGAGGAAUUAUCUCUCAGACAUAAAAAAGCAAUUCUUCAACAAAAUCCCUUCAUAUGCAGUGUGGAUGAAUUUACCUUCAGAGCCGAAGACUCGAGAAGAUUUUCUAGAAAAUUUCUGUUAUCUGACUCUGGAUCCUAACACAGCACACGGUUACCUCCGUCUGUGUGAGAAGGACCGAGCGGUGAGACGCAGAAAGAAAGACAAGCCGUAUCCGCGUCACCCUGACAGGUUUACCUCCAUGGCUCAGGUGUUGAGUAAGGAGAGUGUGUGUGGACGCAGUUCCUGGGAGGUGGAGUGGAGCGGUGAAGGAUGUGUGUACAUCGCAGUCUCAUAUAAAGGGAUCAAUAACAAAAAGGAGGCCAGACGAACUGUGUUUGGCUACAACGAUCAGUCCUGGAGUCUGGUGUGUUCCCAGCAUCCUCUCUCUUUCUAUCAUAACACCAUUAAGGCCGAGUUCGGAGUUCCGACACCGUCCAGAAUAGGAGUGUAUGUGGAUCACAGGGCAGGAAAUCUGUCCUUCUACAGCGUCUCUGACACCAUGAAGCUCCUCCACAGAGUCCACACCACAUUCACUCAGCCUCUAUACGCUGGAUUUACUGUGUGGACUCCUGAAACAGUUGUCAGGUUUUCAGAUCCACAAGCACCAAAUUAUUAGCGUUUCUAUAGUAACGGCUCAUAAGUGUUACGUCUAACAAAAAUACUGGAGAACAAAGAGCUCCAACAUUGUGAUGCCAGAGAAAUCGUACAACUAAUAAUGAAUAAAUAUUGUUAAUAUUAUAUUACAUUCAUUAUAAGACAAAUUGUCAGACUCUAGUGAAAUAUUCCAGCAAAAAUGUUAAGACAGUUCGGUUUAUCGUGACGUCAAGUGUCUUCUAGAGCCCCCUAGUGGCCAGAAAGAAUAAAGCAAUUCGUUUAAAUUAUGGAUAUUUAAAAUAAUAAUAAUAAUAAUAACAAUAAUAAUAAAUCAUGAUAUUUGGGGAAUUUUUCUUUAAAUGUAUAAGAAACAAAGUGAUCUAUAUUUUAGUGCAGCCUAGAUAUGAACUUUAAUUGAUCAAUGUAGACAAAGACAGAUUUCUGUGUUUUAAUCGAAUGUAUAACGGCCUUCUUUAUAGUCACAUGGAGGGUUUCGCUUUACUUCAUUUCUGAUUUUUGCUUUCCAUUUCCCACUGUUUCUUUUCUUUGCAUGAAGUGUAUUUAAGUAGGUUAGAUCUUACAUUUAAAAUCAACGCAGAUUCAGAGCCAAAAACUCAAAACGAUUUACUAGAUUUUCUAGAUGUACACACACACACACACACACACACACACACAAACACAGACACACAAAUGGAAAGUGAAGACUUUCUGAAUUCUGAUUUAAAAAUGAAAAAUUUUAAAUAAAUUCGAGUCAUUUUCUGUCCUGAAGUUUAUCCUUAAACUCUAUUAUGUAAUCAUGUGAACUUCUACUCACUCUCUCUCUCUCUCCCUCUUUCUCUCUCUCUGUAAGUUAUAAUGUGUGAAAAUCAACACACCAGAUAGAACUGUGAAUAGACAAACACAUCAGAGUUGUUAUCUGGAGGCUCGGUUUUACAAUGUAGAACACCAUCAGUGUCAAAAACACAACCCGAGUGAUCCUCUUCACUAAAAGACACAUGACAGGAUUUCCAGCAGGACUGUGUCUCACUGUGAGAAAUAAAACCUCUACUGCAUUGUGUUCAUGAUGAUAAUGAUGUCAAUAAAGCAGAAAUAUUUCACUGUAACCUGAACUUCAGUGUCAUUUGUUCUGCAUACAAAUUUUCCGU